GCCUGCCGCGCUACCAACCCGCCGCCGCAGCCGCCGGGUCGCCAUGGCGACGCUGGGGCACCGAGGGCGGCGCGGCUCGCAGAACCGGCCGAGCAGCCGGGGCGCGGCGCGGGGAGCCCUCGGGCCGGUGGGCGGCGCGGCGGGGACAAGCUCGGGGCCGGGCGGCUGGCCAGCUGCCACCUCAGCAUGGAGAGCCAUGCCAGCACAGCACCCAGCCCCGGAGCGCUGCCCUACUACGUGGCUUUCUCCCAACUGCUGGGCCUGACGGUCGUGGCCGUGACUGGCGCUUGGCUCGGUCUCUACCGAGGAGGCAUUGCCUGGGAGAGCGCCUUGCAGUUUAAUGUGCACCCCCUCUGCAUGGUCAUAGGCCUGAUCUUCCUGCAGGGAGACGCCCUGCUGGUUUACCGUGUCUUCAGAAACGAGGCCAAACGCACAGUCAAAGUCCUGCACGGGCUGCUGCAUGUCUUUGCGUUCAUCAUCGCCCUGGUGGGGCUGGUGGCGGUGUUCGACUACCACAGGAAGAAGGGCUACGCUGACCUGUACAGCCUGCACAGCUGGUGUGGCAUCCUUGUCUUUGCGCUCUACUUUGUGCAGUGGCUCGUGGGCUUCACUUUCUUCCUGUUCCCUGGAGCUUCGUUUUCUCUGCGGAGCCGCUACCGCCCACAGCACAUUUUCUUUGGUGCCACCAUCUUCCUCCUCUCUGUGGGCACAGCCCUGCUGGGCCUGAAGGAGGCGCUGCUGUUUAAACUUGGGACCAAGUAUAGCACAUUUGAGCCCGAGGGUGUCCUGGCCAACGUGCUGGGCCUGCUGCUGCUCAGCUUUGGCGUGGUUGUGCUCUACAUCUUGACUCGCGCCGACUUGAAGCGGCCUCCCCAGGCAGAGGAACAAGCUCUCUCAAUGGACUUCAAGACGCUGACGGAGGGCGACAGCCCCUGCUCCCAGUGACUGGCUGCCCUUGUUCUACGGGGAGGGGCCUGGGUCUGGCGGGCAUCCUCAGGUCCCGGGGUUGUGACAGGUGUCUUUUCCAUAGCCACUGAGGCUGCCUUCAGGAUUCCUGGCUGCCCAGACAUCUGGGCCGAGUGGGUACGGAGCGUGGGUGCAGUGUGCCUCUUUGAGCAAUGAUUCCUGGGGCUUAGGGCUUGGCUGCCUCUGCUUUCCUCUCCUUGCUGCUGCUUUAGUGUCCUCUCAUGCACAGACCCCUGCCCCCAUUGUCCCCGCCAUCCCCUCAAAUGGAGAAGCUUUGGGUAGGCUUUUGGGUGGUCAGUACUGGUCACAGAAGCUCAGAUCCCUAAAGGACAUGGAGAGGCCCCCACCCCCAGCCCCUUUGAGCCAGCAGACGCUGGACCCAGUCCAGGGACAGCAGAGAGCACAAAGCAGUGGGAGAAACCCUGGGGCCUCAGCGACAGGCCUGGCAAAGCCAAGACUUGCUUUGUGUAACUGAAUUCAAACGGAGUCUCGCUAGCCUGAGUAACACGUGGUCUGAAUGGGCCCAGACUUUGGCAGUGGAGCAAGUGAUAUUAUGUGUAAGCUAUGUUGGUGUUCAGAGUGAGGUUCCCUAGGAGAGGGGAGGGACUGGCCCCUGGGAGGCUCUGGAGAUGUGGCUUUGGCCCAGCUGCGCUGUGAAGCCUUCCCUUUAACUCUUUGGCCCCAGGACGGCUUUGCUGGGAGAGGGGAUGGGGCACAGGACUUCAGAUGAACCUGCCCUUGGCAGCUGAGGGCAGCCAAGGAGGAGGGAGACAGCCCCCUGCGCAGGCUGUUGUGGGCGGCGGGUUACUUUGCAGCUCAGCCUGCGAGCUUCUGUGUCCCCACCCUCACAAACCAGCGCAGGCAUUGCUCUGACCAGAGGUGAGGACACAAAUGUUUUUUUAAAACAAAAAGCUGCUGCUCUUGGCCCCUUUUUAUAUGGUCGGUGGCUGUCUGCUUCUGUUCCAGGGGAGGGCUUCACCCGCCCUUAGCUUACGGGAUCCAUCCUUGCAGGAAGUUGGGGCUGAGUUGGAAUAAUCAGAUUAAUCCCCCCAACCCCAUAUGUGUGUUAUGCUGUUCGCUGAGUCACUGUUUGGCUUCAGUUUAGAAAUAACGUGAUUAGAGCAUUGAUCGUGUACUUCUUGGACUUGGCAAAUGCUCUCUCCUUGUUUUCCUCGUUUUCUGGCCUUUGAGGAGCAUGACACAUUUGAGACAAGAGUUUACUUAAAUGAAGAAAUUAAUAAAAUUUUCAAAUCUGA